AUGACUCUCCUCGACCCAUACUCCUCGACGCAAUCAACCCCCGACCCGGCCCGCCAUGGCGGUUCUCUCUUCUUCAGCACCCUGAACGGCACCUCAGACGCCAACCAGAUCCCGCCGCUCAGCUUGCACCAGGCUCACAGGCAGACGUCGCAUGGGCUGCCCUCUAUGCAACACUACGAUCAUCAUAUGGGCUACGAGGACCGCCACGGCGAGAACGGCACUCCUGUGGACUAUACGCCCCACGGCCGCAGCAGGGCGUACAGCGGGGCUAACGGCUCGGCGGGACGAGGUGUCACGGGCGAGAUGGUAGGGGUGGGACCUGAAGUCAGGAUGGAUGCGAAUGGGGAGAGGAGGGUGCAGCCGGAGGUGGAGAUGACGGAGGCGAGUCCACCGCAGGGGGGAUUUGGAGGAUUUGGAGGCGGGUUUAGAGCUGUGAAUCGGUGA